AUGCCGAGACGUGGUCGAAAGGGCCAUGCCGCGCCCGUCAAAGGCGGAUGGGGUGUCUUGCCACAUGGUAUGGGUGUUUCCCUAACAGCUGGAAGUCAAGAUGUACAGUCUCUUAUUCCAACGCCAUCCAUUGCCGAGCCAUCGUCUCAGGCGGAGUCCCAUUCAAUCAGUGAGCCACUGUCUUACGUAGAUUUAACACCAGCGACUGCAGUCACUACUCCCGAAAAAGUUCCAUCAGGAGUGGCGGAAAACACCCUCUUGGUAACCCCUUCUACUCAGCUUGAUAUUGCUGAAGACGAUACCACAUCCCAGAAUAUCAAGCGUAAGAUCACUAUCAAAAUCAAGGUUCCGAAACAAGUUGAUAUAGACGAAAUACUGGAGUCUAAUGGAGAUCUUGCCCCUGAGCCAAAAACAGCGGAGGAAAAGUGUAAGACUGAGAAUAUUGAGACGGCCGUCGCACAAAAUACCGGGCGACAGUUACGACCAAGGAAGCUAAAGCUAGAAUCUGGAGUGCCUAAAAUCAGCGCGGAUAGUUGUGGUUCUGCUGUGGUAGAACAAAUCGCUGGUGAGCAAAGUGAUAAGGGAGCGCCAAGGAAGCGAAAGCGAGGAUCACAGCCCAGCCCUACAACAGCCGAUGAAGGAUUAGAUCCCGAUACCUCCUUGCCUAAACCAAAGAAGGUGAAAAGUCAGGUCGUAAAAACAGGCGAGGGUCAUUUGAAAAGUAUAGCCAAGAAAACGAAGGACAACCAAUAUGGUCUAAUGCCACCAGGGGAGAGCCCUUUUCCCCAAUGGUUAGCACCAAGCGUCGAACAAUGUGAAGAAGUUCACAGUUUUCUCACAAAGAUACAUGGUGAAGUCAAGGCACCUCAAGCCAUCUCUACCCCCUCGCUUGAAGUAAUGGGGUGUGGUGAGGUUCCUUCUGUGCUAGAUGGGUUACUUAGAACCCUCUUGAGUGGCGCUACAAGAAUAGAGCAUAUAGACAUGACGUUGAUACCCUUGGCUGAGAAAUAUGGCGUAUCAAAGGAGGGGGUUGGAAAAGAAAGCAUCAACUGGAACAAUGUCAGGCUGGGAUCUUACAAGGAUUUGGUUGAUGCAAUUCACUCUGGAGGACUGGCAAAUAUCAAAGCUAAGCAUAUCAAGGCCAUCCUCGAUACAGUAUACCAGGAAAAUACUGAACGACACAAGGCCUGCCUUGAAAUCAAAGCUGAUACACCUGCAGGGAAGGAGACGAAUGAGCAGAAAGACACCGAGACACAGGCAACAAAUCGAGAUGAUCUCUCCCUUGAACAUCUUCGUGGCUUAUCAAAGCACGAAAUCCUAAAAGAACUCACGAAAUAUCCCGGAAUUGGCGUCAAGACUGCGGCGUGCGUCAUUCUUUUUUGCUUUCAAAUACCUUGUAUUGCUGUCGACACGCAUGUCUACCGAUUUUCCAAGUGGCUUGGAUGGGUACCAAAAAAUGCUAAUGUGACGGACGUUUUCAGCCAUCUCGAAGUCCAUUGUCCAGACCAUCUUAAGUAUGGCUUGCACCAGCUAUUCAUCCGACACGGUCAACGCUGUGGCAAGUGUAGUUCAAGCACUGCUGAAGGGACGGCGGAUUGGGAUAUGCUUCCUGAGUGCCCUUUGGAGAGCCUUCUUGAUCGCUACGACAAGAAGCAGUCAAAGGCUAAGUCGAAGCCGGCCAAGAAAGGUAAACAGAAGGACGAAGAACAAGAUAAAAACCAAAACCAAGAGAAGCUGGAAGAGUCUAUGGACGAGUCCUAG